AUUACAGACAAGCGUUCCUGUCCAUGCAACAUCCUCCCCAAAAGUCAGCGUUGCGCUUCACUGGUCGUCGGACCCCCGGGGAAAUCAGGGCUUGUAUCAUCAUGGCCUCUCGGCGGAAUGGAACACUUUUCACUCAUAACAACGCAACCUACAUCGCCCCAGCCUUCAUACCCGGCUAUGGCGGUCACGUCCCCACCACCAAAUUCACUUACGGAGACAGAUACGGCAACACCACCAGCAAGUGGCUACAGGAGUCCCGCUUCGCGUCCAUGACCUCCAGUGCAACAUCAAACAUCCGGGGAGGGAUGUUCCCAUCCACUGCGUCCAGCGACCGCCACCUGGCCACAGUCCAGCCUGCACGGACUCGCCAGCAGGAGCUCCAGAACUUUACCCAGCUGACACAGAGUCACCGCGAGAGCUACAGAGACCGUACCGGGACCUGCCUGCCUGUCAGUUACUUCCAGCUCCCGGUCAGGAAGAGUGAGAAGUUCCCCAAGGAGACAGCAGACCUCGGCCCCCUAGGGCCGGCGGAAAAGGAGAGGGUUCGGCGCUACCAGACCCUGCCUUCCGGAAUCGGAACAUCAGCCGAUGACCGUGUGAUGCGAGAUGUGUUCUUCGAACGCAGAUGAACACUACCUACCACCACCAGGGGAUGCAGUCGAGUUACAUUUGAAUGUAUCUCAAGAAAACUUUUAAAUGACUUGAGGAAUC